UCCCUGUGGUAUCGAGAGUUUAAAGAUGGCAGGCUGUCUGCUCAAUGGCGAAAGUCACGCUCAUUUAGCCAUAGAAGUCGCGGUGAGGCUCGUCUUGUUUAUAAUUUUCCUUUUUUUAGAAGAGGCGAAGCCAUUUAUAAGACUUAUCCAUGAUGAGGAAAUGUGGCUUUACAAGAACCCUCGCUCAACCAGUGAUGUCAUACCUACACCUACACUCUUUGCAAUAGUAUUUAUAGUACCAACCGUCACAAUAAUAAUUGUAUCUACUCUCAGAAAAGAUAAGCUAGAUGCCCGACAGGCUUUGUUAGGCUUAUAUUUGGCAUUGGCGCUAGAUGGAGUGAUAACAAAUAUUGUUAAAAUUAUGGUAGGAAGACCUCGCCCAGAUUUCUUCUGGAGGUGUUAUCCGAAUGGAGUCCCCACACGAGAUAACAAUUGUGACGGUGACCCGGAUGCUGUGAUGGAAGGGAGGAAAAGUUUCCCAAGUGGCCAUUCCUCAUGGUCUUUUUGUAGUCUGGGAUUCCUGUCUUUAUACCUGGCUGGCAAGCUCCAAUGUUUCAAUCUAAAUGGGCGUGGUUAUGGUUGGAGGGUGUGUCUUGCCGUCGCCCCCUUGCUUGGAGCAACAGCCAUAGCACUUACCAGAUAUUCGGACUACAAGCACCACUGGCAAGAUAUUACUGUCGGUUCCAUUUUAGGGAUGUCCAUUGCAGUGAUGUGCUAUCGGCAGUAUUAUCCCGCAGUAAAUCGAAUUCAUUGUGACCUACCAUACUGCUCCCUCCACCAAGUGAGGCAUGCGGACGAGCAUGUGUUACCGCUACACACUCCAGACCACAAGUCGCACCCUGCCGUAAUGAAACACUUAUAACACAUUGUGUUAGCGCUACAGCACUGCAGACCACAAGUCGCACCCUGGCGUGAUGAAACACUUAUAACACAUUGUGUUACCGCUACACACUCCAGACCACAAGUCGCACCCUGCCAUAACACAUUGUGUUAGCGCUACACAGUCCAGACCACAAGUCGCAUCCUGCCGUGAUGAAACACUUGUAACACAUUGUGUUACCACGUUACACACUCCAGACCACAAGUCGCACCCUGCCGUAAUGAAACACUUGUAACACAGUGUGUUACCGCUACACACUCCAGACCACAAGUCGCACCCUGCCGUGAUUAAACACUUAUAACACAUUGUGUUACCGCUACACACUCCAGACCACAAGUCGCACCCUGCCAUAACACAUUGUGUUAGCGCUACAGCACUGCAGACCACAAGUCGCACCCUGCCGUGAUGAAACACUUUUAACACAUUGUGUUAGCGCUACAGCACUGCAGACCACAAAGUCGCACCCUGCCGUGAUGAACCACUUAUAACACAUUGUGUUACCCCUACACACUCAAGACCACAAGUCGCAUCCUGCCGUGGUGAAACACUUAUAACACAUUGUGUUACCGCUACACACUCCAGACCACAAGUCGCACCCUGCCGUGAUGAAACACUUAUAACACAUUGUGUUACAGCUACACACUCCAGACCACAAGUCGCAUCCUGCCGUGAUGAAACACUUGUUACACAUUGUGUUACCACGUUACACACUUCAGACCACAAGUCGCAUCCUGCCGUGAUGAACCACAUUGUGUUACCGCUACAACACUCCAGACCACGAGUCGCACCCUGCCGUAAUGAAACACUUAUAACACAUUGUGUUAGCGCUACAGCACUGCAGACCAUAAGUCGCACCCUGCCGUGAUGAACCACUUAUAACACAUUGUGUUACCGCUACACACUCCAGACCACAAGUCGCAUCCUGCCGUGGUGAAACACUUAUAACACAUUGUGUUACCGCUACACACUCCAGACAACAAGUCGUAUCCUGCCGUGGUGAAACACUUAUAACACAUUGUGUUACCGCUACACACUGCAGACCACAAGUCACACCCUGCCGUGAUGAAACACUUAUAACACAUUGUGUUACCACGUUACACACUUCAGACCACAAGCCACACCCUGCCGUAAUGAAAUACUUGUAACACAUUGUGUUACCGCUACACACUCCAGACCACAAGUCACACCCUGCCGUGAAGAAACACUUGUAACACAUUGCGUUACCACGUAACACACUCCAGACCACAAGUCACACCCUGCCGUGAAGAAACACUUAUAUAACACAUUGCGUUACCACGUAACACACUCCAGACCACAAGUCGGACCCUGCCGUGAUGAAACAAUAACACAUUGCGUUACCGCUACAGCACUGCAGACCACGAGUCGCAUCCUGCCGUGGUGAAACACAUUGUGUUACCGCUACAACACUCCAGACCACGAGUCGCACCCUGCCGUAAUGAAACACUUAUAACACAUUGUGUUAGCGCUACAGCACUGCAGACCACAAGUCACACCCUGCCGUGAUGAAACACUUGUAACACAUUGUGUUACCACGUUACACACUUCAGACCACAAGCCACACCCUGCCGUAAUGAAAUACUUGUAACACAUUGUGUUACCGCUACACACUCCAGACCACAAGUCACACCCUGCCGUGAAGAAACACUUUUAACACAUUGCGUUACCACGUAACACACUCCAGACCACAAGUCACACCCUGCCGUGAAGAAACACUUAUAUAACACAUUGCGUUACCACGUAACACACUCCAGACCACAAGUCAGACCCUGCCGUGAUGAAACAAUAACACAUUGCGUUACCGCUACAGCACUGCAGACCACGAGUCGCAUCCUGCCGUGGUGAAACACAUAGUGUUACCGCUACAACACUCCAGACCACGAGUCGCACCCUGCCGUAAUGAAACACUUAUAACACAUUGUGUUAGCGCUACAGCACUCCAGACCACAAGUCACACCCUGCCGUGAUGAAACACUUAUAACACAUUGCGUUACCACGUAACACACUCCAGACCACAAGUCACACCCUGCCGUGAUGAAACACAUUGCGUUACCACGUAACACACUCCAGACCACAAGUCACACCCUGCCGUGAUGAAACACUUAUACCGCUACAUAAUUCAAACCACAAGUCGACAGUUGAAUGAUUAGUCGGAUAAAAAAAAUCCACACUUUUCCGGUGUUCACAGUUUUACUGUCCGCGCUGUAAGCAGUAAUGUUAACACAUUCUGUUACACACUGCGCAAUGCGCAUCCUGCUUUGUGUAGGUGUUCAAAAUGAAUGACAAUAUCAAUAUUCGAGAAAGUUUGUAUUGCAAUACAUCAAAUAUGACUUAAAAGUUUUAAAUAAUUUAUGUAUAAAACUAAGAUCUUACAGGAAAUAUUACAAGGGGAUGUAAACUUCAAAAUGUAACAAUAUAAAGUAAGAAACUUCAACAUACAAGAGUCGGAAAACAUGCUUGAAACCAUGUAUAUUAUUCGAAUUGUUUAAGCAACAUUAAAGAGAUUAUUUCAGAACAAAA